CGACCUCCCCCUCCCCAAACCCCCUAGAAAGCCGGCCAAGGACCCGCUCUCGACCCUCCCCCCCGAUUCCCCCAUCCGAGAGGAGGACGAGGACGAGGACGACGACGACGACGUCGAAGAACACGGGCACGGGCACGGGCACGGGCACGAACACGGGGCGGAAGACGAGGAAGAGGAGGAGAUGGAGCCGCGCCGUGGCGCCGCCGCCGUGCCGCCGCCUCCGCCGCGGCCGCCGCAGCCGAAGCCCGCCGGGAAUCCGGUGGCGACGCCGCCCCCGCCCCCGAUGCCGGAGUCGAAGGGCAUGGAGACCUACGACUACUUCUUCGGGCCCGAGUACACCGUGCCCCCGCCCACCCUCGGCCAGCUGGAGGAGCAAGUGCCCCCUUCCUGGCCCGAAAGACGCGAUCUUGACACCGAUCGCAGGCCAAACAAGGUUAGCAGUGCCGACGAUCCUGUCGUCACGAUCGCUCCGGAGAAGGAGGCAGCGCCGCCUCGGCCGCCUCCGACAAAGGCGGUGAAGAAGGUGAAGCAGGGAGGAGGAGGAGGAGGAGGAGGAGGGUCGGUGCACCACCAGCAUGCGGCAUCGGCCGGAGCGGCGGUGCCGAUGGAGUCUUCUUUGAAGAAGGGGAAGGCGGUGGCUGUGGCUUCCGUGGCGGGGCAGCCCAGCCUGAACCUGGUGCAGCUCCUGAAUCAGAUCGAUGACCAUUUCCUCCAGGCGUUCUUGAGUGCUCACGAGGUCUCGAAGAUGCUCGAAUCCACCCGCAUGCACUACCACUCCAACUUUGUCGAUAAACGAGGACGCAUUGAUCAUUCGGCAAGAGUUAUGAAAGCCAUUACGUGGAAUCGGUCGUUUAAAGGAUUACCUCAAACAGAUGAUGCAAAUGAUGAUUUUGAUAAUGAUGAAUGGGAAACACAUGCCACCAUACUGGAUAAGAUGCUUGCUUGGGAGAAAAAACUAUACGAUGAAGUGAAGGCUGGUGAGCUUAUGAAAAUCGAAUAUCAGAGAAAGGUGGCGUUACUCAAUAAGCAAAAGAAACGUGGUGUUAGACCCGAAGUACUUGAGAAGACCAAAUCUGCUGUUAGUCACUUGCAUACGAGAUACAUUGUUGACAUGCAAUCCAUGGAUUCAACAGUUUCAGAAAUUAAUCGCCUGCGUGAUCAUCAGCUCUAUCCAAAACUAGUCGACCUUGUUGACGGUAUGGGCAAGAUGUGGGGGACAAUGUAUGAACAUCAUCGUAGCCAGCUUAAGAUCGCGACGGGCCUCAGAGCCUUCGACAUCUCGCUUGCCCCAAAAGAGACGAGCGAAGCACACCAUGACCGGACCAUCCAGCUAUGCGAAGUCGUGAGAGAGUGGCACUCGCAGUUCCAGAAACUCAUGUUACAUCAGAAAGAGUACAUCAAAGCCCUGAACAGUUGGUUAAAACUCAACCUCAUACCUAUCGAAAGCAGUUUAAAAGAGAAAGUUUCAUCUCCACCUCGACAAGCUGACCCUCCGAUCAAGAAGCUUCUGCAUGCUUGGAACGAUUUUCUCGACAAGCUUCCAGACGAGCUUGCUCGCGCAGCCAUAAACAGCUUUGCAGAAGUGAUACACAAUAUCGUGGUUUACCAACAGGAUGAGCUGAAGUCGAAGCACAAGUGCGAUGAGACUCGAAAGGAGUUAGACAGAAAGAAGAAGCAGUUUGACGAUUGGCGCCGAAAAUAUAUGGAGAGAAGGGCGUCGAUGGGUGAAGAAAACACUACAGAGGGUGGCGAAGGUGGCAAUCCAGAUCCCGUGGUGGAGAGAAAGAUUGCAGUGGAGGCUUUGGAGAUCAGGUUGAAGGAAGAGGAAGAGAAUCAUAAGAAGCAGUGCAAGCAGGUGAGGGAGAAAUCACUUGGGAGCCUUCGAAUGCACCUUCCGGAACUGUUUAGGUCUUUGUCGGAAUUUGCAAUCGCCAUAUCGGAGAUGUAUAAGAAGUUGUGGUCGAUCACUCAGUCGCAGGAGGAAGAUGAGGACUAACUCCGCAUUUAAGCCACUUUUCCGUCGUGGUUUUGGUCUGUAUGUUGCUUUUAAGUACUAAUUUAUUCUAGAGAGGGAGGCUGGCUAUAUUUCUAUGGUGGUUUGUAUUUAGUAUUGGUCUUUUUUAUAUUUUCUUCUAAUUUUUUCUAUCUGUCGAUAUAAUGAUUUGUGCUCCUUGUAGUAAUGUCUGACAUGAAUAAGGGAUGUAAAAUAAUCUGUUAAAUUGUAGUCUGUUUAUUCUGAGUGGGUG